AUGGUUCUCAAGCUGCACGGGUUUCCCCUCUCUACAUGCACCAACCGGGUCCGCACCGUUCUCUUGGAGAAGGGGGUGGAGGUCGAGUUUAUCCCUGUUGAUCUGAGCAAGGGCGAGCAAAAGUCUGAGGCAUACCUCAGCAAGCUGCAUCCAUUUGGCAAGGUCCCCGUUCUCGAGGAUACCGAAACUGGUGUGCAAGUCUUUGAGAGCAGAGCCAUUGCUCAAUAUAUCGCUACCAAGUACCGUUCUCAGGGAACUGAUUUGUAUCCCGAUGAGACUGAUUUGAAAGCAUUCGCUCUCUUCCAGCAGGCUGUCUCCAUCGAGCAGGCCUAUUUCGACCCCAUCGUCUCGCAAAUUGCAUUCGAGAAGAUUUUCAAGCCCCGAAAGGGUCUUGGUGCCACUGAUGAAGCCCGAGUCCAGGCUCUCCUGGGUCAACUCAACACUGUCUUGGAAGGUUACGAGCGCGUUCUCUCCAAGCAGCCCUACCUAGCAGGCGAUAAGCUAUCUCUCGCAGAUCUCUACCACCUGCCUUAUGGGGUUCUUGUUGAGCAAUUUGGUGCCGCGGAGCUUUAUGCCAAGUAUCCUGCUUUCCAAAAGUGGUGGACCAGCUUGAAGGCGAGGGAAUCAUGGAGAAAGAUUACCGCUUAG